AUGAGUAUCCCCUACGAAAGCUUCAUCCGCUCCAAACCAUUCAAAUUUUAUAUCGGGCCCGAGAUGACUCCCUUUUACAUUCAUCGCUCACUUGUGUCACAAUUGUCCAAGACCCUGAAGACUUUGGUCACUGGUCCUAUGAAGGAGGCCAAGCUCAGAACCGCCUACCUUCCUGAUGUUGACCCAGCCACUUUCACUCGCUUUGUUGAGUUCGCAUACACUGACGGCUACUCGCUUCCACAACCAAUCAAGACCGACAGGGAAUCAACUGUUCAUGCCACUACAGCCCCAGGAUCUGCUGAUGCCGAUGCAGCCACUGGAUCUACUGAUCGAGUUUCCAAUGUUACUCGCGAAAGAAGUCAAGAGGAUGUGGAUGAAUUCCGUGCUGCGAACCCUUCUUGGCCAUUGGUAGCUGAGCCAAGCGCAAAAGAGACGGGAAUGUGGCAAAAUUUCUGCCUUGAUUGGGUCGACCCAAAUUGGUUAUGCCCUCCUCAAAAUAUGGAUGAUGACUCGCUGGACUUCUCAUCUGUUUUCCUUUCACUUUACAAGAGCAGAAUUGGUGACAUCCUGGGACUACUCAAAUACGCAUAUGAAAACACGGCCGAGUUUGAUGACAAGAGUGACGAUCUCAGAGAUCUGGUCACGGGCUAUGUGGCUUGCCAUCUAUCCACGAUUGGCACCACUACGGAAUUUCUCACGAUGCUGGAGGAGCGAGGUAGAAUGGCACGAGAUAUCAUGUUGAAGACCGCCCCUGGAGAAAUCUCAAACGGGCCGGAGAUGGGUGAUGCGUCUCUGGGCGACUCUUUUGUCGAGCAUUCGGCAUAA